CUCAAAACGAUGAUUAUUAGCCAAUAAAUAUUUAGCGAAAAUUUCACGACUUUCGUUUUUCUUAGUUUUCGCGACAGAUUUUUUGUUAUUUUAAUUUCAAAUUAUUAUGGAUAUCACCUAUAUUUUUGUGAUUGUGAUAAUGCUUUACUUUUGCGUUGUCUUUCCGUUGCAAUUGAGACGUUACGUUCGUAUAAGACGCGAAAGAUUAAAUUCACAAAGACCAACGACCAGAAACCACAUAACCUACAGGCGUAAUGUGAUUCAACAAAACAAUAAUCAUAUAUCAUCGGAAGAGCAGUCAGAUCACCGCUUUUUAUUCAAUGUAUCGAAUACUUCACCCGGGACAGAAUCUCAGAGGGACGAUGCAGCUGCCAGAUAUUUAGAAGCUGAACAUCGUCAGCAAAUAAUUGAUAUUCAAAGGGAAAUUGAGCAACAAGCGAUUCGAAGACGAGAGGAACGCAAUGCUUCUAAUAAUGCUAACAGUGACGAUCCAGCAGCCGUCUAUAGUCAACAGAUUAUUGAUUUACAGAGAGAAAUCGAGCAACAAGCCAUUCUCCGACGAGAAGAACAAAGAUCAGACGCAUAUACUCCUCACAUGCCUCCCAGAUUGAUCAACAGUUCUACAAUUCGUACUUCCAUUUUUACAAUCACACCCAACAGCACGAUGGGAACUUCCAAUUCUAAUGUAAAUUAUCCUCACGCUCCACCAUUAACCCCAGACGGAGGUAGAGAAACGUACAUUCAUUUUGCGAAUCGAUCAAACUCUAAAGACGACGAAUUGCCAAGCUACGACCAAGCUGUUGCCUUUAAAUCCACUACGGAAUCUGUGACUAUUAGUCGAUACUAGUCAAUGUGUGUUGUGUAUGGAAGGAUUCGACGAAGUUUAUUUUUCAAAGUUCUAUGUGUCGGCUUAUCGAAGGAGGAAGUGAUAAGAGUGUGUUAGUGAGUUCAAAAUGCUUGUUGCUUAUCUUACACUCUAAUAAUAGUGAUUCAAUAUAA